AUGAAGUGGAGAUUCGGAGGAAGGUGCGUACCAAAAUUUUGUGCUGUUCGUAGAGUACCUUUUGUAUGGAGGCAGGAGGUAGAGAAGGAGUUGGAUCAUUGGGUAAAGGAGGGUAUCGUGAGUCAGGUUGAAUACAGCGUAUGGGCGACGCCUUUGGUAUCCGUAAAGAUGGCCAAUGUUAGUGUGAGGUUGUAUGCGGAUUUCCGGGUAACGUUGAAUCCAUGUUUGGUGGAGGUGAAGUAUACGUUACCCAGGAUAGAGGAGAUAUUGGCCAGUUUAAAAGGAAGCAGAUAUUUUUCGAAAGUGUAUUUUUCGAACGCGUAUUUGCAAUUACGGAUAAAACAGGAGAGGCAGAGGUUGUUGACUAUAACAACGCCAAAGGGGCUUAGUUGCUUUUAG